ACCAACCAACGCCCUGUUACUUACGCGCGUAUAGUAAAAGUGCAGCAGACGUAGUGAUUGCAUGAAAAUUUAUCGAGAUGACAGUCAUGAACGCAAUCGCGUGUGUUGUCUCUUUAACGUUAUUGUUUACGGUGAUAGGUACCGAUGCAAUUCGCUGCUAUCAGUGUAGUAGUAAUACAGAUCCCAAAGGCGAAGAUUUAUGCGGGGCGUAUCAAAAAUUUGACAAGGAAAAGAAUAUUGCCAUUGAAUGCAACAGCGAAGAGUCUCACAUGCCCGGCACGUUCUGCAUCAAAGUGACCCAUCAGAGUCCCCGUGGAUUCAUUUGGAACGGUAGAUGGCGACAGGUAAUCCGUCGAUGUUCGUCCGUAGCCAGUACCGGAGUAACGGGCGUUUGUAAUUGGGGAGUUUACGACAACGGGGUUUAUUGGGAAGAAUGUUCCUGUUCGGAGGAUUAUUGUAACGAAGCAACAACAUUAUCGUCAUUCUCGAUGAUAGUUAUGUUACUUAUUGGUAUUACAACAUGUACAUUGCCGUUAAGAUAAGUGUAUCAGCUAAGUGAGUAUUCUAGUCUAAACGUCAAUUGUUUAUAAGUUCAUUGGGAUUAAAAACUGUACCACUUUUUCAAGAACCGUUUCCUUUUUAAGAUGUUGGACGAAAAUACUCCCUUAACGUUUCCGUCCAUACUAUAGUACAAUUUAUCGAUAUAGUUAGAGUAUUCACUUUAUACUUUUAAAAGCUCGACUUGUAUUAUUAAUAUUCUGACAUUUUACCAUUUUAUAUUAAACGAUUAAAUGUUUAACACGAAGUUAAAUAAUUAAGAAGCUCGAUUUUAAAUAUCGAAUAAAUAAACGAUAUUUCCUAAUGUGCCGUUUUUGAACCCGUGCUAAUGUACAUCCUAUUAAUUGAUCCAAGUAUAAACGAAAUAAAUAAAUGCGCUUAAUGUUCCCCAACGUACAUUUAUACAUAUAACGAAGUAGGGAAGAUCUCGGAAUGAUUUACAAGGAUUCUAGGCGCUGGAAAUUCAACGGCCGCCGGUUAAUUAUGUCAGGCGAGAUUAUUAAAGCUUUAGCGGAUCCGACACUGUGAAAUACAC